AUGCCUAAGCGAGCAAGAGAAGACGAGACCACCACCCAGCAGCCGAAGAGAGCCAAGACCGCGGCUUCCAGCAACAGCACUUCGACCAGCAAGGCCCGGUACCAGAAGAAAGGUCACUACUGCCCCGAGUAUGUCCCAAUUCUCGCCAAAGGCAAAGACAUGAACGGCGGCAUCGCCCCAUUCACCCAAUCCACCUUCACCAGCGCCUUCCCCUACGACAGUGAAUGGUCCGAGACCAACCUCCCCUCCAUUCUCUUCCACAUCACCCCUCCUCCCCCUCCACCCAGCAGCAGCGGCGCCUCCGCGCCCCGUCCGACCAUUACCCGCUCCGACGGCAUCAAGCUCACCGCCUCCACCAUCCUUCCCGACCACAUCUCCGUCACCACGCCCUCGUGGCUCAUCGGCGCCUGGCUCCGCCUCGACCCCACCACCACCCUCUCCGACGUCCUGGCGCGCAUGAGCGACGACCCCACCUACCCCGGCGGGCCCAUCCGCAAACCAAAGCACAGCGCCAUGAACAACCGCCUGUUCCGCCAGUGCGCCAAGCUCUUCGGCCACUAUUGUGGUGGUGCUGGGCAGGCCAAGAACAAGAACCAGCGCGAGAUCCGCGCGGGCCUCACGGAGAGGAUGCUCCAGCUCAAUACCACGCUGGAGGAGCGCGUUGUGCCCGCCGCCGGUCCUGGCGGCGAGGUGCGCCUCGUGCGCAAGAAGCUGGUCUCGCGCGAGAAGGGCACCACGAGCGUGCGCGCCGUGAAUGUCGAGGUGACGGAGCGGAAUUGGCGGGAGACGACGUUCCCGCUUGAUUUCUUCGUUUUGAACAAGGAGAACGGUGGGCAAGAGGUGGCGGCGACGCCCUGUCUCAGUGACGGGCCUUCGCCUGCUUCCUCUGGCGGUGAAGAGGCGGCGACGCCUGCUUCUGCUUCUGCUUCUCCACUUCCUGUUGGUCCUCCUCUUGUUGCUGCUCCUGCUGCUGCUCCCGCCAAGCCCGCGCCAGAGCACGAGCUCGUCUUCCCGCCUCUCCCUCCUCUCGCCGGCGCCGGCAGCGGCAGCGACCUCAACUUCAACCUCGAUUUCGCUUUGCCCGCGGCCGACUUCGACUUUGACGAUUUCUUCGACUUCGAGUCGGCGUCGAGUCGGUCUUGA